GAUCUUCCACCAGUUGGCAGCACCAUCGAGAGUCUCGAGUUUGUAACAAGUAAGAUGGCCUCCACCGACUCCAGUUUAUCAAGUGAAAAUCCCGCCAAGAAGGAGGAUGAAUUUAACGAAUUUUACUCAGAGGUUAAAGAAAUUGAAAAAAGAGAUUCUGUGCUGACCCCCAAACAACAGAUUGAUAGACUACUACGACCUGGGUCAUCCUACUUCAACUUGAAUCCAUUUGAAGUUUUACAAAUUGAUCCAAGCACAGCAAUAGAGGAAAUAAAAAAGAAAUAUCGUCGUAUGUCAAUUUUGGUACAUCCAGACAAAAAUCAAGAUGACGCUGAAAGAGCGCAGCAAGCUUUCGAAAUUGUUAACAAAGCGUGGAAAACUUUGGAAAAUGAAGAAACUAGAUCAAAAUGCAUGGACGUUAUUGAGGAGGCAAAGGCCCGAACUGAUCACAUGAUUGCAGAAAAGAAGAAGAAGCAAAAGAAAGAAGGAAAAUCCGAGAACUCGAGUUCGACGCUUUUGGAGGAAGAAACUGAGGAAGGCUAUACACAUGCGGUCUGGGUUAUGACAAUGAAGUUGUUCGCCGAUAUGGAGCGAAGAAGACGGGAACUAGCCACAAGAGAUGCAGAACAGCGAAAGAGAAAACGCGAAGAGGAGUUGUCUGCAGAAGCCCAGGCAGCAAUGGAGCGCGAAUGGCAACGAAACUUCGAGGAGUCCAGGCAAUCGCGCGUCGACAGCUGGAAGGCGUUUCAAUCCGGUACUAGUGCCACAAAGCAGAAGAAGGCGAAGAAGCUGAAGGCCUUCAGGCCGCCGAAAACGAAGGCGGAGUCGCGAUAAUCAUGAUCGUCCCUCGUUUAUUCUCUACUUCCGAUGUGCGGAUUCUGAUUUUAGUCGACGCAAUGUUUUAUCUUAGAGAUUUUCUCGCAGCGUUAAGGUAGGUUAAGAGAUCUAAUGCCGCGUGAUCGUUGAUCCAACGAUAAACGUGCCGGAUCACUUUAUCUUGAAAUUGAAAGAGAGAAGGAUAUUAAGAUAAGAUUCUGAAUUCUCUUUUUGAUUCCAAACCAUCUAGUUACAAAGUACGAUUUUUUGUUUUGUUUUGACAUUCAUUGUUACAUUUAAACGCCGAGAUUUGGAUUUCUGUGAAAUAUUCUCACAUCAGUAGCCAGUUUCAUCAACAUUCUGUCAAAACGAUGAUGGCUACUAAGUCUUUCACGAGCUUUUGAGGGCAUCUUUUUAUUUCAUCGAAAUAAAAAGAUUAUUGAAUCACGUCUAUUUAUCAUCAACUCCAACUUGACAUUGCUCACUAAUAUAUUCAGAGUUCUAUAUAUUAAAACGAAACUUCGGCGGAGCUUGGUGAAAUCGAUAGCAAGUCCAUUUUCUUGCUUAGAUAAUCGAUAGAAUGAUUUAAAACUAGAAUAAAGAUACUGAAGUAACAUAUUGACGUUAUUGUGAGCAAAAUCUUGAGAACAAAUUUACGCGUUACUACAAAGGGAAAAAAUAUACGGAAAAAUGCAGAGCAAUAGCAAAGUUAUGGAAUGAAUGAAGAAUAACGAAUGCAACUUCAUGUAUGUAGUUGAAUGUAGUUUCGUGUGCGUGUUAUGCGAAAUCGUACCGUUUAUUUUGAAAAUGGCGUAAAUCAUACGUUAAAAAAACCUUUAUUCAAACAGAUAAAGAUUGUAAUAUAAUUUAAAUUAAAUUUAAAUAUUCUAUUCCCAAGUAAACUGAAUUAAACUAAACUGGUUUAGAUUUAUUUUUGUUUUAUUUAAAUUAUAUGCUUAUAUCAUUUUUUUUUUUCAAAAUGAACGAAUCGAUUGUGAGAGUCUCUUGUGUGUAAAUUCUGCGCAAAUCCUCGCAGAGUUUGACAGUUAGAAAGUUUUUCACGAAUUUCGUGAUUAUGAGACAUUGACGACUUGUAUAGAAAACAAAAGGAAGAAGAAAAAAGAUACAUUUCUCCGGAGCAUUGUAUAUUCGCAGUAUCUCGAUGGCAUUGCACAAUUGUCAAUUUUAUCUACAUGUGUCUCGUACCUUUACUAUUAAAUGUACGAUUGUCCAUCAUAGGGAAAGUAUACAGUUGGGUAUAUAUUUAUUGUAUUAUGACGCGAAUUCAUACACGCAGUACCAGGGUUACUGUACCGUGAUACCCUGUGUUUCUGUAAACGCCAAGUUCGCGCAGAUUAACUUUAUUUUAGAAAUAUGGAAAUUUAUAAUAGAGACCAUACAGAGACCUUAACACUCACCGAAGUUUGAUAUAUAUGGAGAAUAUCAAAUUUCGGAGCUGAAUCUGUGAUUUAACGGUCUCGAAAUCUUUGGUACUCCAACAAUAAAAGAUUCCUAAAAAAUAUCGCGAGAUCAUAAAACGAAAUUUUCGUGCCAUAAAAGAUCGAUUCGCUUCGCAUUAUUGCGACGGCUUCGAUUCUGCACUGAAUGAGAUUCUCUGAGACUUUUCAGGACGUCAAUUGAAUCUAAACUCCGCUAUUCAUGGCACGAUAUCGUGAUGGCUCUUUUAUAACUUCGCGAACACCCCCGGUAUUGCCCGAAUGACGUACAGACGAUCUCGCAAAGAACCGAGGACAAAAAUGGUUCGUUCGAUUUGUUGUGAGAUGUGACUAUAUACGUAUAUGAAAUUAUUUCUAAAAGACUGUUCAUACUGCACGACGUGCCGCAAUUUCGGAUAUAAUUGUCUAAUACUGUGUAUAUAUCGCUACUCAAAUACAUUAAAGAAUUAAAGAACUUUCAUUUCUGAAUCGGA